UGUUUUCGUAAAAAUUGCAACAUCAGGAAGGUUCUACAAAAUUGAAGUAUUUUCGGCUUGAUUUGUUACAAAGAAGUAUUCGUCUUGUCAAACAUGUCGGACGACAUAGAUAAUAAGGAUCGACAGCUUGUUCCUGUUGACCAGAAAAAUGACAAAUCCAUUGUACCAUACCAUGGGGUGCGCUCUAUGGCUGAAGUCAAGCAUGGGAUUGUGCAUUUUGAGUCUCCGUUCUCGCAGCUCAGUCUCAACACAGAUCUGAACAUUCCACCCUCCAACUGGUUGAGAACGUCAUCGAAACUCGAGCAGCAUGUCCGAGAUCUCACCUGGAACACUUCUCGCAGACCUUCACAGUUUUCUAGUAUUGACAUAGCCCACAAUACACCAGACCUAGUUGGAGAAGUGGACGUCAUCUCCCAUGCUGCUAAUAUCAAGAAGCUGUUGAAGAUUCCGUUUGAGAAGUCGCAUGUGAGCAUGAUGGUGCACAGAGUCGGGAAGACACUUCUGCUGGAUGAGUUUGAUAUUCACAAACAGCUUCUCAGGACUGAACAGAAUGAGUGGGGCUGGUUGAGACGAUUUUACUAUGAAUGUGUGCUGCGAGACCUGCAUCAUAAUAUGAAGUGCGUACCUCGGCCAAGUAAAAGACGAGACAGUCUCCAAAAUAGGAACAUGUACUCCAAAUUCCUGUACCACAGCGUGUGCGAUACAGAAAGUGAUGUUUCCGUGGCAGCGACCAAUCGCAUGUUGACGAGGGAUGACCUGUCUCUUAUACCAGACCCCCUGCCAAAGCCACGAGGCAGUCAAACAUCAAGAGAUGUAUUGUGGACGUUUGAAGACAUCAAAAUGUUGAUUGGUACUGAUCUGCCCGUCUUCAGAGAUGAAAGCUAUUAUGUUAGUUUACGACUGAGGGAUAUGAAGACACCAAUCAAUGUUCUCACUGGCCUGGACUACUGGCUUGAUAAUCUCAUGUGUAACGUGCCUGAGGUUGCCAUGUGCUUCCAUAUAGAAGGUAUCGUUAAGCAAUAUGAAAUAAUAAAGACAGAAGACAUACCUGACCUGGAGAAUUCCAAGUUUGAUCCUCAGUCGGUGACAGACAUUGCUAAAAACAUUCUGUCUUUCCUGAAAAAUAACGCUACUAAAGAGGGACACACUUACUGGCUGUAUAAAGGUACCAAUGAUGAUGUAGUUAAGCUUUAUGACCUGACUGCCCUGUGUGGUGACGAGCGAGGCCCUUCUGAGCAGAACCCAUUCACUGUGCCGCUAGGUAUGCUGCUGUACCGAGUAGCCAGAAAUAUGUGGACAAACCAGACCCCACGGAAGGCCUCACUCAUGAGAACCCUGCUUGAAAACUGCCUCAUUCUACUGGAUGGAACACAACAUCCCCAGGUGUGCACAUCAGCCUCAUACCUUCUGUCAGACCUGUAUGUUCCUGACAGUUCUCUGGAUGAUGAUUGGUCGUUGCCAGGCAGCUCCUCUGAGGAAAACAGUGAUGAGGAGUCGCAGCAGGACGUGGACAAUUCUGGGGAUUCAGGAACUCACAGUGUGGAUGUGAAAGUUUUAUCCAAGAGAGGCAGUGUGUCAAGGGCAAAGGAAUUGACUCGCCUCAAACCCUUCAACGAGACAGCAGAGGAAAGAUGUACAGAGGCCACCAAGUUCAUUCAAAUGGGCCUGUCUUACUUGCGACGGGAUCUUGAUCUUGGAACCCACAAACGUUCUUCCUUGGUAGAAGAACAAGCCAAGUGCAACAGCGAUGAAGCCAUACCUCUCCAUUACGAACCAAUCCGGAAAAACGAGAAGAAUGCCAAUAAAAACACCAAAACACACACCGCCGACCCUGACACUAAAUAUGAGGUCAAAGUUGACCUUGACCUUCAGAUGACCUCUGUGACACCAGACAGUGAGGUCAGGGAUCGAAAGCAAGAUCAAAGUUGGCAUGUUUUGUCAAAAGGACUUCUAUUCAGAAAAGCGGCUUUCACUUUUUCUGCACUAGCAAAACAAGCAUUGGGCAGUAACAAUCUAUUGGACUUGCUCAAGUUCCUGAAAUUGGCCUUUUCUUGUUUUGGUGCCCUGAAGGUGAUUCUACCCCACAAGGCUGAAGAGAAUGAUGCCCUGUUGUCCUCACUCUAUGGUCUCCUUGGAGAUGCAAGACUGGGUCUCCUCAAAACUGGCCUGCUUCCUGUAGACUGGCCUGUAAUCUGGAAAACCAGUCCACCUGAAGAAUGUGCCAUACUUGAAAUGACUGAGAAAGAGUUCGAGACAUUUGAGUUUGAAUCUUGGUUUGACCUACCAUCCAGCAAGCCAGACAUCCUGAAAGGCUGUGUUCAAUGUUACAAGAUGGCUGUUCAGCUCUGUAACAAGAAGAACAAGCAUGUGUUUGAGCCGCUUGUGAAACGUGAAGGAAAUGCGUACAAUGAGCUGGGAGUCUGUCUCAUGCAACAAGCACAGAAUGCCCUCGAAUCCUCAGAUCUACAGGAGAAAUCAUUGACAGAGAUGCAGACAACAUGGGAUCAAGCCUCUCAGGCGUUAAAAGAAGGUAUAGGGGUGUUUGAAUGCAUAGAAGACAAAGCCAAUCAAGCCUUGUUACAUUGUAACCUUGGGCGCCUGAUGAGGCUGAUUGCUCAGACCUACACAAACACUGUACAGAUUGGAAACAAGCAGGAAUUCACACCACUGGAGAGAGAAUAUUACAAUAAGGCAAUAAACAGCUACAAAACCGCUCUCCAACUCGGUAACCAAGGAUUUAAGCACUUGGUGGAAUCUGUCCGCUGGGAGUUGUCAACUACAUAUUUCAAUAUGGCCGCCCUUCUACAAGACUACGCCCCACUGACCUCCGUGAGACAGGAGGAGGUAGAAAAUGAGGUGGUUAACCUGAUGUUCCAGUCACUUAAAUAUUGUGGAAAGGAUAAUGCCUCCUUUGCCAGCCAGACAAUGUACCAGUUCCGUGCUGCAACCAUUAACCACAGAUUGGCUUCAUUAUUUCACAACUCUCUACGAGAUGAGCAUACAGAACAGAAGAGAAAACAUCUACGUACACUGUCGGAGAGCCACUAUGAGAAGGCGUUGAAGCUAUACUAUCAAAUGGAAUGUUAUAACGAACACUUGCAGACCCAGCUUGAGUAUAUCGCACUGCUUGAUCUUUGUCUAUCAGGUCAAACAGCACCAAGGCAUCAGCUAAAAACACUCCUUUACAUGUUGCACAGUCUAACAGAUUGUUCUGAGUCGCUAAAAAGCUUAACAAGUCAACUAGAAGACUCGAAUCAAACUUCAGACCAGCAAACCAGUCUGUUGAAAGAAUCUCACACUAUAUCAACUAUUAUGGAAACAAAGCUACAACAUACUCUACUACAGCUUGUCAAAGUGUAUAAACAGAUCAAUUCUAGGAAAAGUGGAAAGGAGGCAAGUUCGAAGGCUGAUGACAUGAAGAAACUAUAUGCGGCCAGUUUAGGCCAUGGCAAGGCCGACAGUGAUAGCGCCACUGUGAUAUCUAGGUGUAAAUUCUUACUCACUGUCCUCACUCAGGUCACAUGCUUCUACCAGGAAGUUCUACAAAAAGAUUUAGAAGUUAGACAUUCGUUAAUGUGUUGAAACAAUAGAAAGUUAUAUACCUCAUAAUAUUAUGGGUUCGGCGGUGAUGAUGAAUAUGUUUUAGUGGACAGUUUUAACUUUAUAGUGUUUGGCAAUUAUGUUAAGUCUUAAUCAUCAAUUAUUGUUGGUAUAAUCGAAUAAGAUACUAAGCACUUGAAGUAAGCAGCAUUAAAAUUAAUUAGGUUUUAGUACUUACUGUAGUUAACCCACGUUAAUGAAAUACACUACUAGUGUAUUGCUGAAUAAAAGCAACUACGGCCAGCCAUGACCUUUAUUGGUCACCUGGGUUGUCUGGACCACAAUGUCAAAUCAAAUAAAACUCUUCGUUACACCCACGUAUCGCUUCCAUAAUUUGUGUCCAAUAUUCAUCAACCAUUGAAGUGUUUGUUUUCAAGAGCAAUAAUGCUCAAGUUAGCGAUAAAGAGUUAACCGGACCUGUUGUUUUUAUCAAUAUUUAUGUUUAUCUUGAAACCACCUACUGCUUAUUGGUGCAAUAUGUUUACGGCAUUUUUUAAGUUUUGUACUUGUACAUUAGUAAAACAUGGCAUAUUUUGUGAAUAGUUACCUGUCAGCGAAUGUUAAAUAAUAAAUGCAUACACUUGCUUUU